GCGCCUAGAGCGUCAGUCCCCCUUCCCCUUCUGCAAUCAAAGCGAUUCUUAGCUAGGAGAUGGGAGCUCCGCUUAGAAAGUUACAAGCCACUCUGCAAAGCGUAGAUUCCGAGGAAAAGUUAUGCAGUUUUACCAGGCUUUCAGGUUUGUUCGUGCGUUGGAAUAGUUCACGUCCCUCCCUCCUGAAAAAUAGUCUGGGAAGGAGUCUGUUGAACCAGAAAAAUGCAGAGCUGUGGCCAGGUAUGAUGCCCCCACUAGCUACAAAGGGAAUGCGGGAGUCGGUGACUCGGCUCGCUUUCCCGCUGUACCCUGGCAAGUGCAUCAGAUCCUCUCUGAGAUGAGUUCACCUUCCACCCCCAACACCAUCCCAUCCAUAUCCCUAAUUUGUGAGUUCUCCAGAAGAGCCUGGCAGAUGGCCACAUUAAGUUCAAGUGCUGGUGUCAGAUUUACCUUUGAGCUAGAACUUACUUGAAACCACAUCAGCCUGAGUUGGCAGAACCCGGACGGCCUCACAUAGCACCAGGGUGCAUCUUGCAAAAUUUGAAGCCGGGUCUGAAAGAGAUGCUUGAGUUUCUCUCAUCCUUCCCCAUUUUACAGAUGAGAAAAGUGAGGCCUACAAAAGAAUCCUAGAACUCAGAAUCCUUAACAUCAGCCUUUCAUCAUAACCAUGAGGGUCUAACCUUUAGAGGAAUUGCAAGAACGUGUCCUGAAUAAAGACAGGAUAUUUAAACUCGCGGUUUUCCCGACAAUCACUGCUCCAACUUGCUAACUCGGUCCUGGGACAUGAGACAUUCAAAAUGCAUUCUUGGCUUCUAGAACUUGUGCCUUUAACCUCAGGAUUAAAUACUACUAUCGCUAGCACUAUUUAGCUAAUUCAAACUGGGUUUAAGACAUAUAAUGAGAACCUGUUGUUAACGCAACAUAGUUCCAGGAUUUGAGGAAACUGGAAGAUGGCUAAAACAGCCCCAAGCUUUCAGGACCACGUACCCUAACAAAGGAUCCGAAUAACCUGGGGGCAAAAAAAAAAUGGAAAUUUGGCAAUUUCUGUACAGCCAGAAGAGUUUCAACCACCCCUGCCAAGUGGAGUUGGAAAUUAAGUGACUUUCUGCUUUGCAGUGGUACAGACCUGUUAUCACAACACUCUGGAGACUGGGGCAGAGGGAGUGUGAGACAUAAACAAGGUUGAGACCAGUUCAGGAACAUAAUGAGAUUCUCGGGGGCAGAAAGGAGGGGAUAUGUGACUCUUCCUCCCAGGAGACCCAAGAUCGGCAGACACGCAGCAGGGGAGUCCUUGGCUCAGGCAGGCUCACUCAGGUAUGGACCCUUACAAGGGGCUUUGGAGAAUACGGAGGAGCUGGUGAGCUGUGUGGUGGAGACACCGCAUAAGAGAACAGAAUGGAAACAGUAGACAGAGUGCAGAUAAAACCCGAGUCCCAGAGGGCCCUAGCCAGCUGCAUCCCAGGCAAUCUGGAGCCCGGGAUUGGAGACCCCACCCCUGCUGUGACAUCACAGGGGAGUGGAGCGAAGGAGACGAAUAAAAAGGUGGUCCGCCCUGGCCCUAGACGGUUGGCAGCCGCCAGAGUGUCAAGAGGAGAGGGACCGCACUGACUACAGUUGCCUGGCUUACAGGAUCCAUUCCUCAAGUCCCACUAAGCGACCCACUCCAGGCCUUGGUCUCCCUGUCCUGAGGUCGUCUCCUUGGGCUGCCAUCUUCUGAGUGACUGUGAACACUCUCUCAAUAUGAACUGUAUAUCAGACUUCUUCACCUACGAGACUACCAAGUCGGUGGUUGUGAAGAGCUGGACCAUCGGGAUCAUCAACCGAGCCGUCCAGCUGCUGAUCAUCUCCUAUUUUGUGGGGUGGGUUUUCUUGCACGAGAAGGCCUACCAAGUGCGGGACACUGCCAUUGAGUCCUCGGUAGUGACGAAGGUGAAAGGCUUCGGACGCUAUGCCAACAGAGUCAUGGACGUGUCCGAUUAUGUGACCCCACCCCAGGGCACCUCUGUCUUUGUCAUCAUCACCAAGAUGAUCGUCACUGAAAAUCAAAUGCAAGGAUUCUGUCCAGAGAAUGAGGAGAAGUACCGCUGUGUGUCUGACAGCCAGUGCGGGCCUGAGCGCUUCCCUGGUGGGGGGAUCCUCACUGGCCACUGUGUGAACUACAGCUCCGUUCUCCGGACCUGUGAGAUCCAGGGCUGGUGCCCCACCGAAGUGGACACCGUGGAGAUGCCUAUCAUGAUGGAAGCGGAGAACUUCACCAUUUUCAUCAAGAACAGCAUUCGUUUCCCUCUCUUCAACUUCGAGAAGGGAAACCUCCUGCCCAACCUGACAGCCAAGGACAUAAAGACGUGCCGCUUCCACCCUGAAAAGGCCCCAUUCUGCCCCAUCUUGAGGGUAGGGGAUGUGGUUAAGUUUGCCGGGCAAGAUUUUGCCAAGCUGGCCCGCACGGGUGGCGUUCUGGGCAUUAAGAUUGGCUGGGUGUGUGACCUGGACAAGGCCUGGGACCAGUGUAUCCCCAAGUAUUCCUUCACCCGGCUGGAUGGAGUGUCUGAGAAAAGCAGCGUUUCCCCUGGCUACAACUUCAGGUUUGCCAAGUACUACAAGAUGGAGAAUGGCAGCGAGUACCGCACCCUCCUGAAGGCUUUCGGCAUCCGCUUUGACGUGCUGGUGUACGGGAAUGCUGGCAAGUUCAAUAUCAUCCCUACCAUCAUCAGCUCCGUGGCCGCCUUCACCUCUGUGGGAGUGGGCACUGUUCUCUGUGACAUCAUCCUACUGAAUUUCCUCAAAGGGGCUGAUCACUACAAAGCCAGGAAGUUUGAGGAGGUGAACGAGACAACACUGAAGGGCACCGCCUCUGCCAACCCAGUGUUCCCCGGCGACCAGACCACUGUGGAAAAGCAGUCCACAGACUCGGGGGCCUACUCCAUCGGCCACUAGGGCCUCUUCCCAGGGUCCCACUCACCCGUAGGCUGCAGAACCUCCCAACAUGCCACUCUGUCUGGGGUGGGAUGUGGGGAGGAGUCGGGCUCUCAUUUCUGCUGCUCACCCCAAAGACCACAACCAGGUACCCAGGCCCCCUGUUCAGCAGACAGGUAGUGCUUCCCACUAAGACCCGAGUCUCGCAUUUAUCCCUUGCAUGCCUCCCAUCUGCUUCCCAAGGUCCUGGGACAGUAGAAUCCAUCCCUUUCCAAAGGAUAGAGAAAAUGGUUGCUAUAGUUACACCCAUAGGGGCCUACAAGUACCAGGCGCUUCCAUGCACAUUAUCUCAUUGAGUCCUAAAAUAACCCUAUAGGGUGUAUUUCCAUUCUUUGUUUUUAAAGAGAAGCAAAGGGUCAGGGAGACGGAGUCAUUUGCCCCAGGCCAUGUGGCCAGAAAGCGAGGGUUACACCCAGGUCCUUUGCCCAUGUAUCUCAAGCCCUAGCUGAGGAACAGACCUUCCUUCUCCAGUUAGACCCUCAUACAUCUAGACCCUCGCUCCAGAAUCCAGACAGAGCACACACACGGCAGCUGAGAAGUGAUUGCGGAACCUAGCACCAGGCCCCAGGACUUCAGCUGUCCUUGUCUAAAGCAUUGUUGGAAAAGCCUCAGGUAGGGGCUAGGGAUGUAGCUGAGUAGGUAGUGUUUGUCUAAGAUGUGUAAAGAAAGCCCUAGAACCCACGUCCAGCGCUAUACACGCCCGUAUAGUGGCGCACCCGUAAUCCUAGCACCCAGGAGGUGGAGAGAGGAUGGAAAGUUCAUCUGUGGCUACGCAGUAAGUUUGAGGUCAGCCUGGGACCCCUGAAACUGUCUCAGAAAAGAAGGAGGGGGUAGUGAAAUGUAGUCCCUUCUGAGCAUCCAGCCAGGUCAGCCAGCCCUGCUCCACGUGAUCCUAAUCGGUGAUCAGCUAGGAGCUAAUGGGGCCUCCGAAACCAUCACGUCCAGUCCUCUUGCUUACAGAUGAUCAACACUGAGGCCAGAAGUGGAAAAGGGCUUGCCUUGUGUCGUAGUAGGGGCCAAGAGAGAGCUCGGGUGUCCUGUGCUCACAGAAGGACUCUAUUGAGCAGAAGUCAAGUCUUGUCUCCAUUGGCUUAGAUGUCCCAUCUCCUUUCUGGGCUUUUAAAGAAAAGGGGAGAUGGAAAGGAAGUUCUAAAUUGCACAGGGCAAAGCUGAAAGACAGAUCGAGGUUUGGGGAAGAAGCCACUCAAGAGGCUUUUUUUGUUUUG